GCGGACAAGGAACCUGUAAUGGAGAAGCGAGUGCAUAGGCGAGGAGCCUUACGUCAAAAAAAUGUGCACGAAGUGAAAAAUCAUAAAUUUCUUGCGAGAUUUUUUAAGCAGCCUACUUUCUGUAGCCACUGCAAGGAUUUUAUAUGGGGAUUUGGUAAGCAGGGAUUUCAGUGUCAAGACAUCGGUCCUGAGGACCAAUCGAAACGUCUUUCCCUGGAGGUCUGGGACUGGGACCGCACCUCCCGGAACGACUUUAUGGGAUCCCUGUCCUUCGGCAUCUCAGAGUUGAUCAAGUCUCCUGUGGAAGGCUGGUUUAAGCUGCUCAACCAGGAGGAGGGAGAGUUCUAUGGCGUGCCUGUCACGGAUGACAUCACAGAGAGCAUUCAGGAGAUCAAGAGCAAGAUGCACCGGUCAAGCAUCAGCAGUGAGAAGCGCUACCCGGAGCCCGACAAGGUUCAAAACAUGAGCAAACAAGACAUUGUGCGUGCCAGCGACUUCAACUUCCUCACUGUCCUCGGCAAAGGAAGUUUUGGAAAGGUGGUGUUGGCUGAGAGAAAGGGCACGGAUGAGCUGUAUGCAAUUAAGAUCUUGAAGAAGGACGUGAUAAUUCAGGACGACGAUGUAGAGUGUACCAUGAUAGAGAAGAGAGUCCUAGCCCUGCCUGAUAAACCUCCAUUCCUGGUGCAACUGCACUCCUGCUUCCAGACCAUGGACCGCCUGUACUUUGUCAUGGAGUAUGUCAACGGUGGUGACCUCAUGUAUCGGAUACAACAAGAAGGAAAGUUCAAGGAGCCGGUAGCUGCCUUCUACGCUGCAGAGAUCGCUAUUGGCCUUUUUUACCUCCAUACUCAAGGCAUUGUAUACAGAGAUCUCAAGCUAGAUAAUGUGAUGUUAGACGCUGAGGGUCAUAUCAAAAUAGCAGAUUUUGGCAUGUGCAAAGAGAACAUAAUGGGGGACAAAACUACCCGCACUUUCUGUGGCACGCCGGACUACAUCGCCCCAGAGAUUGUUUUAUACCAGCCGUACGGCCGAUCUGUGGACUGGUGGGCCUAUGGAGUGUUGCUGUACGAGAUGCUGGCUGGACAGCCUCCUUUUGAUGGUGAGGAUGAGGAGGAGCUGUUCACCUCCAUAACCGACCACAACGUGUCUUACCCCAAGGCUCUGUCUCGGGAGGCCGUCUCACUCUGCAAAGGGUUAUUGACCAAGACUCCAGCCAAACGACUGGGCUGCGGCCCCAAUGGUGAGCGCGACAUCAAGGACCACGCCUUCUUCAGGCGCAUCCAGUGGGAGAGGAUAGAACUGAGGGAGGUCCAGCCGCCCUACAAGCCUAGGAUUAAAUCCCGCAAAGAUGUCAGUAACUUUGACCGAGAGUUCACGUCUGAAGCUCCCAAGCUGACGCCCACGGACAAACUGUUCAUCAUGAACCUCGACCAGUGUGAAUUCUCCGGCUUCUCAUAUGUCAACCCAGAGUUUGUGGUCACUGUUUAGCAGUUGAGAAAGACAAAAGGUGUGCUCUCAGUUUAGCUGUAGAG